GGCAUGAGGCUGGCACGACUGCUGCGCGGAGCCGCCUUGGCCGGCCCAGGACCGCGCACCUUCCGCUCCAGCGCCAGCAGAAGCCUCACCUCGGACUCUGGCUCCGGCCCGGCGCCUGAACGGGGCGUUCCGGGCCAAGUGGACUUCUAUGCGCGCUUCUCGCCGUCCCCGCUCUCCAUGAAGCAGUUCCUGGACUUCGGAUCUGUGAAUGCUUGUGAAAAGACCUCAUUUAUGUUUCUGCGGCAGGAGUUGCCUGUUAGAUUGGCAAAUAUAAUGAAAGAAAUAAGUCUUCUUCCAGAUAAUCUUCUCAGGACACCAUCAGUUCAAUUGGUACAAAGCUGGUAUAUCCAGAGUCUUCAGGAGCUUCUUGAUUUUAAGGACAAAAGUGCUGAUGACGCUAAAACUAUUUAUGACUUUACAGAUACUGUGAUACGGAUCAGGAACCGACACAAUGAUGUAAUUCCAACGAUGGCUCAGGGUGUGAUCGAAUACAAGGAGAGCUUCGGGGUGGAUCCUGUUACCAGCCAGAAUGUUCAGUACUUUUUGGAUCGUUUCUUCAUGAGUCGCAUUUCAAUUAGAAUGUUACUCAAUCAGCACUCUUUAUUGUUUGGUGGGAAAAACAAAGGAAGCCCAUCUCAUCGAAAACACAUUGGAAGUAUAAACCCAAAUUGCAAUGUAGUUGAAGUUAUUCAAGAUGGCUAUGAAAAUGCUAGGCGUCUAUGUGAUUUGUAUUAUAUUAACUCUCCCGAACUAGAACUCGAAGAACUAAAUGACCAUCAUAGAGAAGAAUGUGAAGAUGGGUUGGUUAGAUUAUUAUGCAGGAUUGCAAGAAUGACUACGGGACUCAUAUUGUCACCAUCAGUUAUUAAUCUAGCAAAAUCACCAGGACAGCCAAUACAAGUGGUUUAUGUACCAUCCCAUCUCUAUCACAUGGUGUUUGAACUUUUCAAGAAUGCAAUGAGAGCAACCAUGGAAUACCAUGCUGACAAAGGUGUUUACCCACCUAUUCAAGUCCAUAUCACACUGGGUCAUGAGGAUUUGACUGUGAAGAUGAGUGACCGAGGAGGUGGUGUUCCUUUGAGGAAAAUUGACAGACUCUUCAACUACAUGUACUCAACGGCACCCCGGCCUCGUGUCGAGACAUCUCGAGCAGCACCCCUGGCUGGUUUUGGGUAUGGAUUGCCCAUCUCCCGUCUUUAUGCACAAUACUUCCAAGGAGACCUAAAGCUGUAUUCCCUAGAGGGCUACGGGACAGACGCAGUGAUCUACAUUAAGGCUCUGUCAACAGACUCAAUAGAAAGACUCCCAGUGUAUAACAAAGCUGCCUGGAAGCAUUACAACACCAACCACGAGGCUGAUGACUGGUGUGUCCCCAGCAGGGAACCAAAAGACAUGACAACGUUCCGCAGUGCCUAGAUACACUUGGGACACCUGAGAAAUUCACCUGUGGCUUUUGUAUUAAAUUUGGAAGGGAUGGUGUUCAGAACUACAUUAUACCAAAUACUUCAUGUGUUCUUUUCACAAUUAACUAUUUGGGUAGAAUAAAUGGAAUCUGAAUUCCAUUUAUGUCUGUUAAACCUCCUAAAGGAUGAAAUUGUACCUAUCUGACACAUUUUCACAGUUAAUUGGACAUAUUUUUAAACAACUGUAAUUUUAGUCAACUUUUGUCUUUAUGGUAGACUUCAGAAGAGUAGAAAUCUUUGAGUCUCUACAGGAAGCUGUGUGGUUUUUUAGAAUACUGUUCAUUUAAGUCUGCCGGAAACAUUUUCUUAGUUAUAUUGAUUAGCUAGUUAGCCAUCUUUCUGUUGUUCGAGGGAGUUCUGCCAUCUUUUAUUUAGUAGUGGAAACUGUAAUAAGACAGUCUUCAUGUUUACCACCGACUAACUACAGGUAAAGCAGAAACAGUUGUCUUGUGAGGAUAGAACCAGCCACCUUUCAGCAACUACAUGCAUUGUCUUAGCUCUGAAGUUGAUUUAUCAUUUUAAAAUUUUACUGCAGAAGAUUGGAAUGACUAGUUCCCUUUGGAUCUAAGCCACGAUCAUGAGCAGUCCGGUUUGAAUUUGCUUGUGAUUAAUGUGAGCGGAAAUUUUUAUACUAAAAACAAACUAGCAGCUGCUAACAUUCUAGAGAAGAAAUUGAGGGCAAAGCAAAGAGGCCCAAAAACUCAGCUAUCAAUUGUUGAGAUUACCUGGGGGACCUUUUGAGAAACAGCUUUUCUGGGUCCUACUCCAGACAUGCUGAAUUAGACUCUCUAUGGCUAGAGCUCAGAAUUCUCUUAAAAGACUUCCUAAGUGAGUCUGCUGCAUCGCCUAGUUAGGGGGAAACCAUUCUUUUACAGUAAAUAAUGAUGUUAUGACAUUCACUAAAGUAACAGAAAUUUUUAGGUUUUUAUUUUCACCUAUUGAAAGGUCAGACUUAUAGACUCUAGGAGAGACAAGCCGAAUCUCAAGCCUGGUGCAAUUAGAAGCAUAAUUAGAAGCAGAAAACAAAAUGACUACUGGAGAAUAGUAGUUACCUGAAGGAUCAGAACUAUAAAUGCACAAGUCUUGACAAAGAGCAUAUAUUCUAUGAGAAAUAUCUAGAUAUCGCUAGCAGGAAAGAGUCAAUUUGGGCUUAUAACAAUCCUUUGCAUUUGUGUGGUACUGUGUAGUCUACAGAUACUUCAGUAUGUUAUGAUAACUGUGGGGCUUUAAAACAGAGAGAUACAGAGCAGGAAGCAUCAUCCUUGUGUUGAGACUCAAGAGUGUGGCCCAGAGUUGCACAGAAUUGGAGCCAGGACCCAAAUUUUAUCUGCUGGUCACUCCGUCAGCUGCCAGAUCUGGGAGACCAUGAAGGUAGGAGACUGCGUUGAUAGUCAUGCCUAAUCUUUUAAGGUGAUAGGGAAAUACAUUGACAAUAAAUUUUAAAGGAAGAUUUUAAAUGUUUAAAGAACAGCUUUACUACUUAAAUGGGAGAUCUUUAUUAUUUAUCUGGAAGAUACAUUGAAUUGAAACACCUCAUUCUCAAAAGGAUUAUAUAAGCUUAACAACUCUAUAUAAAGUUGUAGAUUGGGAGGAAUUUUGGAGGGCAGUUAGUCCAGGACCCUGAUUUGAAAGAUAAUGAUCUUGAGACUCAGGAUAAUUGGUUUGCCCAGGGCUUCUUAGCUAAUCUGACCAAAUAUUGGAGAAAAAGAUCUUUUACCUAACCUAUUGUUCUUUAAUUAUGUAUUUUGUGAAAAACAAUAGGAGAUGCUGAUAGAUGAUUUUUAUUCAAUAUGUUACAAUUUUUUAGUUUUAAAUUACACUUCUUGUAAUGAUAAAAUAUUUUAGAAUCCUUUGAAUCAGAGUAUCUACUUUUUUUCCUAAAUGAGACAUUUGUACAACUGACAUAAACUUGAUGUUUUUACUUAAGAAACACCUCCCUUUUUAUUUAAUAGAUAAGAAAUGGUGUUAUCUAAAGAACAGUGAAAUCUUUUCCUCUAGCUUCUUUUUAGGUAUAAUGUUUCUUUACUUUGUUAUUGUGGUAAUGGACAGAAAAUUACAGAAAUAUUUGGGGGGAAGCUUUUUCCUAGUUGGUUUUAAAUCGUUGUGCCACCCAAAAAAUUUUUAGAUUUUUACACUAUUUUGUCCACCAGCAUUUAAUGUGAUGUCAUGUAGAUAUAAAAAUAUACUGAAGGAUAAGAAUUGAUACUAAGUGAUUUUUAUAACCUAGGCAUUUAAUGAAUGUGCCAACAUUUUUUAAGAACCAUAAAACUGUUCUGCCCUAUAUUUAAAAUACUGGUUGGCUUUAUAUAUCUUCAUACUCAAUAGCAAUCAUUUUCUUGCACUGUGAAGUUUUUACAUGAAGAUGGUGAAGUGGAAGUCUACCAUAUUAUUUUAUAAAAUGUUUUGUGAAUGGCAAUAAACUGAAAACAUGGAUCAACUCUUAUUUUGAAAAUUAAAUUGGGUCAAUUUAGAUUUUGAAAAUGUCCUUUUAAAAGAGUUUUUCAUCAUUAAGGGUCAAUAUUCUAUAAACAUUCAAAAAUUUGUAGCUAAAUGGCUUACACUAAUUCUGGUUACCUUCAGCAGAGGAAGUAUUUUGAACUUAGAUUUCCAAUGUGUAUAUUCUAAUGGAGAAAGGCAGAGGGGGAGUUUUGUAUGAUUUGAGUUAUCCUAGACUUUUAUUAACCAAACAACCACAGAUGAUUUAUCACAUAAAUGAAGAUCUGUUGUGUGAUUUAUGAAAGGUUGUAUUUAACUGUUCUUUGAAUAACUUUCACAAUGUAAUUGUAGAAAAGGUCUUAGUUGAACCUGCUUUACCCUUCUGCUUAUACCAAUUGAAAAUCAGUUCUAAACUCCUUAGAUCAAAGAUAGAUUCUUAUUCUAUUUCUGAUUGUUGGGAUAGUACCACAAUGUCCCUUCAUUGUUAAAGCCAACAAAUUCCAUAACACAACACCACAGAUAAAGAACUGGGGACACAAACUCUUAGUGUUAUGGUUCCUUUUUUGCCUGUGGCUGAUCAGAGAGGAAGCCAAAAAUCAGCCAUUUGCAAACAUCGCUUUUGCUGGAGGAACUUUUCAUCAUAUGAUUAACUUCUGGCCCCAAUAAUAAAUUUUCUUUACAGUGUAGCCCAAUGUACUUGAAAAAUAUUUCUUACAGUGUAGCCCAAUGUACUUGAAAAAAAACUAUAAAAGGAUUUUAUGUGUUAAAAAAGAAGGCACCACUGGUUUGCUUAGUUCUGGCAUUUUUAAGCUAUUGCACCUUUUCUAUUUACAUGUUUGGAAAGAAUUAGACAUCAUACCACCUACUUUUUUUCUAGAGUCUUCGCAUUUCUUUAGCAAUCACUAAACAGGCUUUUAACAGCAAAAGACAAUUGCUAGUGUUUGCUACAAAACUUUAGUCUUUUUUUUCUUGUCUUGGAAAAGCUGUUAUUUAUAUCAGGGAAUAGUGACAGCUAACUUUUACUUGGUUAAAUUAGAGAUUUUUGAGCAAAAAUAUACAAUUUUUAUUGGUAAGAUAAACCAAAGAAAGUCCCAUUUGAGUGUUGUCUUCAUUCAGGAGUUAUUUUCUGAAAGUUUAGAACUGUACUUCUGUAGUUGUCACAUAAAAUAUCAAAAAUUUGUAGUUUUGAGUUGAAAUGUUGAUAUCUAUUUAUAAUAAACUAAAAAUGGUGAAAAAUUCCUUCAGGAAAGAGUUUAUGAGGCCAGGGUAUUUUAAAAUUUAACUCAAAUGUAAAAAGACACAGUAUUCUUGCCAUCGUUUUAUACUUAGAUGUCUUUCAUUAAGGGAUCCAAACACUAGAAAUAAAAAGACAAACAGAUAAGCACCAUACUCAGAUGGCUUUUCUAGGUCAUGAAAUUUCUCUGUAUCAUUUAAGAGCCACUCAGUUGAUUGGAUUCAAUUUUUAGUGAGACAAUUUGGAGGCUCAUAGAUAAUUGGACACUUUCAUAAACCACAUUAAAUGUUAUCAUUUUGAAUUUCUAUAAUGGAAAAACAGGUCAUUCUCAAAUCAUGGAAGGUUAUUGUGACUAGUAAUAAUAGGCAAAACAAAAUUUUCUUGCCUCAGACCUAUGUUUUCUAAAGAGAUAAAGUUAAUACUAGAUAUUUUUGAGAUAGCACACUAAUGCACUUUUAAUUUCCAGUCAGCAGAUAGCAGCACUUGAUUUCAGUUCAGAGAGAAAGUUACAGUGGUGUUCUGUGUAAUGCUGUGACCUGUCCACUCAAGAGCUUUCGGAAAAUGAUUAAGUUAAAACUGAAUACAGUCAAAUGGAAGAUUCUCUGGUUUUUCUUGGAAGGGGGAACAUUGUGGUACUUUGGUUAAAUACCUUUAAUUUAACAAGGUAAAAGACAGUUUUUACUACUCUUCAGUGUAAACAACUGUUUUUUUUUCCUGUUAUGUAUCAUAUUAAACACAAUAUGAAAUUUUAUUCACUAUAAAGGAAAUAAGAUUUUAUGUUUUUCUCUAGCUUUUCUCAGAAAUAUUCCAAGUAAAGUGAAUUUGAUUUACUGUAAUUGACAGUUUUAUGGCUGUAGGCACUAAACUAUCCACUGUACUCUUUAAAAUAAAGACACAGAAAAAUUCUUCAGACAACCCAAAGAAGUAAAAAAAAAAAAAAAAAAUACAUUCCUGGAUACUAGGUUUAUAAAAUGGGUAAUAUGCAUUUCCUUAAAUCAUCAAUGUAAGGCACGAUUAUCCUGUUGUCUAUGUUUGCAAUAUUGUCCCCAAAGUGACCUGAAUUAUCCAUUCUACAAAUGUGCUAGGCCCUGUGCUCAAUCCGUAGAUUUUUGAUGAUGAGUACAAGUCGUCACAGGCAUUCACUUUCAAUUUGUAACUUUCCAGCUAAAUUAUCUCUUGCCCAUCUAUAUCUUUGCUGUGAAUUCUGUAAUAAAUUAUUUCAGGUUUAUGUCUUC